AUGCAAGACGUAACGUUGGGUUACAUUCUGUGUUGUAAAUGUGGAACCUCAAUUCUUUCAAACCCCACGAAUAUGUGUGAGGCUUGUCUGGCCUCAGAAUGCGAUAUCACUGCGAGCAUACCUAAGCAGCACACCAUCACCUUCUGUCCUAAAUGCGAUCGGUUUUUUAAUCCGCCCUCACAAUGGGUACCAGCGGCUUUAGAAUCACCAGAAUUACUCUCUAUUUGUUUAAAAAGAGUUAAAUGCCUUGGGAAGGGUAACAAAUUGAAGGAGGCCUCUUUCAUGUAUACCGAGUCUCACUCAAGAAAACUUAUUAUCCAAAUUGUACUCCGGGGUGAGGUUGGCGCUAAUACGAUGGUGGAACAAAAGGCCUAUUUGUACUAUACAAUGCAUCCCCAACAAUGCCCUGAUUGCACGAGACAUGAGGCUAAGGAUUAUUGGAAUGCUUGUGUACAAAUCCGACAAAGGGUCGAUCAUAAACGAACGCUUUACUAUCUAGAGCAGCUUCUGUUACGCAGAAGUGCUCCUCGCAAGUACAACGGUGUGAAGUCUGUGCGAGGUCAGUUUGUUUUCUUUUUAAGUGCUUCAAAUGUCGACUUUCUUACUAAACAUACGCUAGUAAUAAAUGACGCCGUCGCUUUCGUAGAAUACGUCAGUAAGCUCGUCCCUUGCCGGGUGCUGACGUCUCAACAACUUAAGUCCCAUGAUGUACACAGCAAUACCUAUAAUUACAAAUUUACCUUCUGCCUUGAUGUCGUCCCCGUCUGCAAGAAUGAUGUGGUCUGCCUCCCGAAACAGUUCUCCAGCCGUUUGGGUCUGGCUAACCAAAUCCUCCUGGUGAAUAGAAUCACAGACAAGAUUCGACUGUUAGAUCCCGUCUCCUGCGUCACUAAGGAUGUGGAUGCCCAGACCUACUAUGCAAAUCCCUUCACAGCGAUAUCAAAUCCCCGAAAUGUGACGGAGUUCUUCGUGAUGGAUGUAGAGGGUGAGAUUCACGGUAAGACCAAGCCAUCGACGUCAGGUGCUGGUGUAGAACAGUUCAGCUUGAAACCCACUGGCGUUUGGGUAGUUCCGUCGGCCUACUUGGGGAUGGAGGGGGAGGAUGGCGACCAAGUCUAUGCCCGUACUCACCUCGGCCAUGUAAUCAAAAUUGGGGAUUUGGUUAUUGGACUGGAUCUGAGGAACGCAAACGUAAAUCAUGUGGAAUUUGAGAAAAUUCCAGAAGACAAACGACCACAAGUGGUUCUAAUUCAGCGUCUCUGCCCUUCCUCCGACCGGCAACGAUGUCGACGGCACCGAAGACGCAUACUUUCGAACGGAGAGAGUGUUGUUGAGACGGUUACUACUGCCACCACUGAGGCCGAUGCCUUUUCGGCAACGGAGAUUGAAGACGGUGAUGAUGAUGAUGAGGUGGCCUCAGAAUACUCGGACGAUGAAUACAUGGAUGCUGAAGAAGGUAACGCAUUCGAGGGUAGCGGUGGACGCAUUAAUGGAAACAGGCCAGUGACUGGGUGUGUUCAUUUGUCGUAUCCUAUCUCCAGCAAUAUAUCUCCUGAGAGUUGCUACAGACGCACUUGCGUUCUUUUCUGUGUGUCUACUUACUCUUCAGAGUAUUGUUUCGGUAUAAUGAUGUCAAGCCAUGUCAUCAUCAAUGAAGCCUCAGAAACUAUUACAUCUGAUGUGGAAACAAGCCCGGCGCUUGUUUUGCGAAGCCACACAGGAAACCUGGUGGAUGGGCAAUCCCAACACGGAAGUGGAAGUGAAGAUCGUCGAGGUGUAAUUCACUGGGCUCCAGGCACAAUUGACAAUGAGUAUAUGGGGAAAAAGAAAUCAAAAUGUUGUUGUAUUUAUGAAAAGCCACGCAAUUGGGAUGAUCCUUCUUCUAGUUCUUCCUCCGACUCGGACGAUAACGAUGGUGAUUCUCCUAAUCCUAGAAGAUGCACGGAACACUGCCGUGGCCAUACCAAACAUUGCUUUACAAAAAAAGCCGCCUCUAAACAGGGAGAAAUGCAAGCAAACCCUUCUCAGGUUGAAGAAGAACAGGAACAACAGAAUGCACCCGUACCUUCACCAAAUCCCCAAAGCGAGAACUCGUGA